AUGGCCGACAACGCAGAGGGCACCGCCGAUGCCCAGGUCACCUUCAAGGUGAAGACGGGCCAGGAUAGCAACCACACCAUCACCAUGUCUGAAUCUGCCUCCGUACUCGACCUCAAGACCAAAUUGGCCGGCGAAGACUUCGAGAACGUUCCCGUCGAGCGCCAGCGUCUUAUCUACUCUGGUCGCGUAAUGAAGAACGACGACACACUCGCCACCUACAAGAUCAAGCCCAACAACACCAUCCACAUGGUGAAGAGCGCAGCCAGCAACCCAGCUCCUCAGCCCGCAGCUUCAGCCUCCACGCCUGCCGCACCCGCCGUGCCCUCCAACAUGGCCGCUGGCACUGCCAACAACAUUCUCGCUGGCCUUACCGGAGCCAGAUACGCCGGACACAUCAAUCUGCCCAGUCGCGAGACAUUUGGAGCUGACGGAGGAAUGGGUGCCCCGCCAUCCGACGACCAGUUGGCCCAGAUGCUCUCCGAUCCUUCCAUGCUCCAGACCAUGAACGCUGCCCUCGACAACCCCGACUUCAUCAACUACAUGAUUCAGAGCAACCCCCACCUGCGCAAUGUCCCCAACGCACGAGAGAUUAUCCAGUCGCCAUUCAUGCGCCAGAUGAUGACCAACCCAGACAUGCUUCGCAAUGUCAUGAGAAUGCAGCGCAACAUGGCCGGCGGAGGCGGCAACGCUGCGUUCCCUGCGCCUGGUGCCACCGACACUACUCCUGCCGAAGCUGCGGCUGCUGGCGGCAACACGGGUCAGCCUCCCAACCCAUUUGGCUUCCCCGCGGGUUUCCCGGGCUUUGGUAGCGGCGCCGGUGGAAUGGGCAUGGAGGGACUAGGUGAUCUCAGUGCGCUCUUUGGCCCUGGUAGUCCGUUUGCGCCUCAGCAACCCGGUGCUCAAGGUGCAGCUCCUGGUGCAGGCGCGGCGACUGGCGAUAAUGCCCAGACUACAGCUGGUGCCGGAGCUACUGGAACGACAGGCGCUGCAGCGGGUGGACAGGGCACAAACUCUACAACGAGUCCACCCCCGGCCAACCCCUUUGCUGCUCUGUUCGCCCCUCCUCCUUACGCAGCUCAGGGCCAAGCUCAGGGUCAAGGCCAAGGCCAGGCACCCGCAAACCCCUUUGGCGCCUCCCCUUUUGGUCAGAUCAACCCAGAGAUGAUGCAGCAGAUGAUGAGCAUGUGGGGUCUCGGUGCAGGCGGCGGUGCUGGUGGAGGCUCUCCGGCUCCCCCAGACAACCGUCCUCCUGAGGAGCGUUAUGCCGAGCAACUGCGCCAACUCAACGAUAUGGGCUUUUUCGACUUCGAUAGGAAUGUAGCCGCUCUGCGUCGCAGCGGUGGCAGCGUGCAAGGCGCGAUUGAGCAUCUCUUGAGUGGUUGA